AUGAUGCCUCUGUUGCUGCGCAACUGGAAGGCAGCGCUAUUGCGCCUCGGCACCCCCCAGCCCCUUCCGACGGCUCUGUUCAGUCGGCCUACUCCCCAACCGCGAUCGCUGAAAGACGAGAUACUGGAACUGAUCCAGCCCUGGCGGUACAGCAACGAGAAGCCGCCUUUCACUACUGGAGAAUUGAUUGUGAUGAUGCUGGUGAUAAGCGGGAUCGCGAUGCGACUCGAGGAUAUUGAAAUCCACAUUCUCUCGACAUUCGACUACUACAACCAUCAGGCUGUGCGAACACAGGCUCUUAGCGUCACCACUGGUGCUGCACGCCUCUACUUCCGCAACAGACUCGAGCCUGCUAGGAAAGGUGUCUUCUGUUUCAUGCAGCUACCAGCAGAGUUGCGGGAAAAGAUCUAUAAGAUGCUUUUGGUCUAUCCCAAGUCAGGAUUGGCACUGGCCAGGUUCGAGCAAGAGAACAUGGACCUUGAAGAGCAUCGACUGGGUGUCCCUUCUUUCGAAGAUAUGGAAUAUCCAAAUUACGGAACAAAGCACGAUCGUGUCGCAGUCAACGGUAUUACCGUAGGAAGUCCUACCAAUAUCCUCACUAUCCUGCGUGUCUCGAGACAGAUACGCUCCGAGGCAUUGCCGAUCUUCUAUGGCCAAAACUCGUUCCACUUUGAUUCGCUCCCGUUGCUUAUCAGGGCACUUCGGGUGAUGACAGAAGAGACUGCCCAACACAUCCAGGAUCUUCGCAUUGUUGUGAGCGAUUGCGGUCUUGAUCAGCCGGAAACUGAAUUGCGAGAACUCAGCAAGUCUACUCUCAAGCUCUCCCCAAAGAAGCUUAUGCUUAUAGUGCAUUACUACGACUUCUGGAAGUACUGCGGCGGCGAAGGAUAUGCAAGCGACUGGAAGACCUCUCCGGCUCCAGCGGAAAUGCACAAGCUCGAUGGUAGAAAUGGCCUUGGUGGGCUCGUGACUCUUGCAAAGAGCGUCGACCACCUACGGAUCGUUGGCGACGGCUUCUUGAGAGCCUGGCUUGAAGAGAAGACCGUGAAGUCAGAGAUGCUGCAGAUUGAUGAGGCUGGAGGUAGUGCAGCUACUGUGGGCACGGUGGAUAGCGCCCACCGGCAGCUAGCAAAGGCCGCCGUUACCGAGAAUGCAUGA